GUCAAGCGGAACGAGUUCGAGAAAUUGCAUCGUCGUGGGAUUCAUUUCAAAUCAAACUCUUCUUGCAUCAACAACAUGUGCUCUUAAAAAUGGAUUUUGUGACUACUUUGUUGCUAAUUGUUGGUUUAUGUGCCUUUCAAAUUAAUUGCCGUCAAAUCCAGACCGGAACCAUUGAAGAAGGACGAAAAAAGCAACAAGACGAUAUCAUGUCGAAGAUUUUACCAAUGAUGGUUAUGCCAUUUAUGGUCCAAACCACAUUGCUUCCGAUGAUGUUGAUGUCGAUGAAGUUUAUGUUACUCAAAAGUAUGUUUCUGGGGAAACUCGCAAUACUUUUCGGCUUUGUCACAUUUUUGAAAAAUAUGUUAAACAACGGUGGAGGUUUAUUCAGUCACAAUGUCAACGUCCAACAAUCACAUCAUCACGAUUUGGCACAACAAAAUUACGGUUACCAAAGAAGAAGAAAGAAACGGGAAUUGUAACUAGGAACAAAUUAAGAAACUCUUUCUGUGAUAUAUUUAUUGUAAAUAAAAGUUAAACACUUUACAACAGCGCCAACUUUUUAUAGACACAAUAAAACAGAUCAUUUCCUGUUU